AUGGCGCCUAGCCCGUUAACCCGACUGAUAGUACUCCAACAACAACGCCAUGAUGAAAUUAAACGCAUCGGCGAUCACAUACGUCAUCGUGCGGCUAACACGCUUAGCAAAACGAUCAUACAAACGCGCAUUAAUAUGAUCAACGACCUGUGGGCGGAUGUGCGUAAGACACACACCGAUAUUGCACUGCGAGCAGAGGCGUUUGAAAACGCUUAUAUUACUGAAAAUAAGUACGCUGCCUUGCAAGAUAUCUAUGAGAAUACCCUUGACGUAUUGUUAACCGCACUACCGCAGUCUCCGAGUAAUGAGGAACGCAAUCCUCGACGACGCGAACGUGAAGACGACGAUCACGACGAUUGUUCAGCAAAACUUCCUAGGUUAGAUCUACCUACCUUCUCGGGCAAGCAUGAAGAUUGGGAUAGCUUCGCGGACAUUUUUACCACCCUCGUACACAACGCGCCGCGCAUUGCUGAUACUACUAAGCUUCAAUACCUGAAGUCUUGCUUGAAAGGCUCUGCAGCCGAGUUAGUGAAGGACGUCACUAUCUUAGGUAUAAAUUAUGAUACGACAUGGAAAGCUUUGAAAAAUCGAUUUCAUAAUCCGCGCUUGACAAUUAAUAACUUGCUUGACGCCUUUAUUAACUUGCCGCAUCUUAAGAAAGAGUCAGCCUCUGAUUUGCGUAGUUUUAUCGACAAUGCACAACGAAUUGUGCGUUCGCUUAAAAAUCUAAGAGCUCCGGUAGUCCAUUGGGAUUUAUGGCUAGUCCAUUUGUUGGAAGUCCGUCUUGAUACCGAGUCCCGAAAACACUGGGAAGCUGAGUGGAGUGCGAAAGAUCAAUCAUCCUUAGCCAACAUAGAAGACGAUGACGAUGAUUAUCUCGUUCGCAUGCCAAAGUUCGUCGAUUUGGCUGCGUUUCUAGAGAGACGCGCACAGUCUUUGAUAGUCAUCCAAGCUGAUAAGGAGGACAAACGUCCGAACCCUCCUAUCAGUACUCUCUCAAGCUCGCGUAAAGUUCAUCACGCACAAUCGUCGCAGCCAGCCAGGAUUUUGAAAUGUGGAUUUUGUGAAGGAAAUCAUUUUACUUCAAAAUGUUCCGCCUUCCUUGCAAAAACUCCAGAAGAACGCAAAAAGGCAGUGCGCGAAGCUAAGCUGUGCUUCAACUGCCUCGGCCGUCAUAAGCGUUCCGCGUGCCCAUCAAAGUAUAGGUGUAAAGACUGCACAACCGAAGAACGUCAUCAUACUUUGCUUCACUCCGCUUUUUCCACUGAAAGGUCAAGUGCUUUAGCAGCUACACAAAAAUUUAGAGCGAAUAUUGGGCGCACGGCGGGCGGCCCCGGACUCAGUAUUAACGCUUGCAACUCGGCUGCAAGUCAGCAAUCCAUCUUACUCGCCACGGCCCAAGUUACGGUUAUAGGCCCGUUUGGAAGACAGACUUGUGCUCGGGUCUUGCUUGAUCAAGGGUCAGAAGCCACGUUUGUCUCUGAGUCGCUCGUCCAACUCCUCCAGCUCAAACGAGAUCGUGUGACAACUAGCCUAAUGGGAAUAGGAGGCUGUACUGCUGGCGCCGUCAAACACGCGACUAGCUUCACCAUGAAAUCGAACCAGGAUCCUCCAUUUAAAAUUGAUGUGAAUGCAUUUGUUCUGCCUAGAUUGACGUCCGAAUUACCGUCGCGAAAUCUUGUGGAGCUUGAAUUAGAACCAUUUAAGAUGCUACCUCUCGCUGAUCCGGAAUUUUAUCUCUCGGAUAGAGUCGACAUUUUGAUAGGAGCGGAUCUUUACGGACAAUUGUUACGAGCAGGUUUGACCAAAUUUCCUUCAAGCUCGCUAGUUGCGCAAAAUACUGCUCUCGGCUGGGUGAUAUCAGUUAGCAAUGACUUAAGUGAUGUGAUCGAACGUUUUUGGACAGUCGAAGAGGUUCCUGUCGCGCCUAAGAGUCUGAAGCCUCAGGAUGAAGUAUGGGAGAAACUUUUUGCCGAAACUCAUAAGCGUACUACUGACGGACGAUUUCAGGUUCGCCUACCCCUUAAUUCAGAGCCUCCACGAGUAGCCGAUGAGACGCGAAGAGUGGCCCUCGGUUCUUUGCAACAUCUAUUGCGUCGCUUUUCGCGCGAUCCUACAUUACAGCAGGCAUACACCGACUUUAUGGAAACGUACAUAAAGCUCGGUCAUAUGAUACCUGUACCAAGAUCUGAAAUUAAGAACACGCGAGCGUGGUAUCAUCCACAUCAUCCUGUUAUCACCGGUACUGCAGAAAAACCCAAGAUACGUGUUGUUUUUGAUGCCUCUCGUCGUACUCAUGAUAAGUACUGCUUGAACGAGCUUCUCAUGUCAGGGCCAGCUCUUCAGAGUGAUCUCUCGUUGAUCUUGUUGAAUUGGCGUCGGUAUAAAUAUGUUUUUACAGCUGAUAUUGUGAAAAUCUUCCGGCAAAUUCUUGUUGCUCGCGAAGAUCAGGAUUUGCAACGUAUCCUGUGGUCGCGUGCACCGGGAAGGCCUGCUAUGGAUUACCGCUUAACAACGGUCACGUACGGCACGGCCUGCGCGCCUUUUCUCGCGAUUCGUACGCUGCUGCAAUUAGCAUCCGACGAAAAGACAUGUUUUCCCCUCGGAGCGGCUUGUCUUGAGUCAAAUACGUACGUCGACGAUACGUUCGCGGGUGCAGAUGAUUUGCCGACGGCUGUGCGUAUACGUGACGAGUUUAUCGGCAUCUUGAAGUCCGCUGGCAUCGAGUUAGAUAAGUGGGCUGCAAAUCACCCGAAUCUAUUACCUUCAUUUAUCCUGUCGGGUGAAGUCGGCGCGAUUAAACAAAUCGACACUAACAGCGCGGUAAAAACGCUCGGUGUGCAUUGGAACCCGUCGAGCGAUGCCUUUAGCUUUAGCGCGUCGAUCUUGAGCCGUUCAGAGAAAAAACUCACAAAAAGAUCGAUCUAUUCGGACAUCGCGCGGUUAUAUGACCCUCUUGGCUGGCUUGCUCCUGUGACGGUACUGGCAAAAAUUAUUAUGCAGGACUUAUGGAUUGAGAAGUGCGACUGGGAUGAGCCCUUGUCUGCCGAAAUCUGCGACCGCUGGCAGAGCUACUGCCAGUCACUCUCAACACUGCACACUCUCUCGAUUAAUCGUUGGCUUGGGUUGUUUGAUCAGAAACCAUUUGAGAUUCAUGGUUUUUCUGACGCAUCUUCACGUGCAUACGCCGCUGUCGUCUAUUUACGCAUCGAUAACGGUAACGGUAAUUAUCAUGUAUCGUUGCUAACAGCAAAAACGAAGGUUGCACCAGUUAAGACCGUCAGCAUUCCGAACCUUGAGUUGUGCGGUGCAACUCUUCUCGUUAAAUUAGUGGUACACUUGCAAAAACUGAAGUUUCUGCAAAAUGUGCCAAUACGCCUAUGGUCCGACAGUCAAGUAGUACUCACUUGGCUCAAGAAGCACCCGUGUCAUUGGAAGACAUUUGUUGCCAACCGUGUUUCUUUAAUUCAAACCGAGUUACCUUCCGCGUUGUGGUCGCACGUACCCACAAAACAAAAUCCGGCUGAUCUUGCCACGCGAGGCGCGAUGCCUGACGAAUUGCGAGCGAAUGACUUGUGGUGGACUGGUCCUAUGUGGCUAUUAUCUCCUUCUGAUAAAUGGCCCCAGCCACGACAAUCGUUGCGUUCACUACAUACUCGGCCAAGCUCUGACGAACCAGUGUUGUUGGCGAGAUACUCGAGUCUUACGCGACUCAUACGUAUAACUGCAUGGUGUUUGCGACCAAUAUUGCAAAAGGUUCGACAGCGAGCAUCCCAAGGCUCUUAUCCUAAAUAUCUCACGCUUGCAGAUAUUGAUAAUGCCAGAACCGUGAUCGUGAGAGUAGCUCAAGCGCACACGUUUUCGACGGAAAUCGAGUUACUACGAUCUCAUAAGACUCUACCUAAGCGCCAUUAUUUAUGCAAAUUACAGCCCUUUUUAGAUAAGGAUGGUAUUCUUCGCGUCGGAGGUCGCUUGAGUAAUGCCAAUCUACCUCGCCAUUUGCAAUAUCCGCCAAUUUUACCUCGUUCCUCAUCCCUUAGCCGACUCUUUGUGUCAUACGCGCACGAGUGA